CGAUUCGUUCAAGAGAGCGAACAUAGACAAUACUUUGUCAGUGUAACAAUAGAAUGGGGUGAAACAACUACUACAAUUUCUAUAGUCACUUUGUGGAGUAUAAAUGAAAUUAUGAAAGCUUAACGGCACAUUUCUUUACUGUAUGCGACACUUGCAUCAUGAAAGAAGUCCGAGCUUGUUGUGCAAUAUUUGUGUUACUUGUGGGUGCGACAGAGGUGUUCUGCGCCAUUUCGUCAGAGGCCGAGAGCAAUUCAAUAACAAGGGCAUUUGAUGCCAAGGGUAUGCUAACUUCAAUCGCGAGUGACCUAAUGUCACGAGGCUUCGCGGGAUUAACGGGAAGUACGGGAGCCGGGACGAGCCAAGUCGUUUCUCUCAAUGUUACCAAUUUAGUAGUCUUGGUUCUCCUGAAAGCUCUCAUAUUUGCGGCCGGAUCGCUAGGCGCGGGUGCAUGGAAAGGAGGAUACGCUAGGAGCCUUGAUGGCGAAGAAAAACUUUUCACGGAUGAGGAACUCUUGUUCUUUUUAAGUUACUUGACAGGAAAACCGAACGAUAAUGGCUGCCUACAGAAUAUUGCCUGUUUGCAACCCCAACAGGCGCGAAAAUACGCAGCGGCGGGGAAGAUGCUUUUAAAGACGGCGUCCACAAUGUCAAUACACGCGGACCCCACUUACGAUCAAGUGCUUCAAGAAUUACAAGAGGCGGCAAGUUGGGGUAGUGUAGGAGGGGACUGCAAGAGAUAUUCGUGCGGAUUAAAGGAGAACCCCAAAAACGCAAAGAAUUGAAUGUAUUACUAGGUAGACAUUUUCAAAGCGGUUCUAUGUCAGAAAUUUGAGGCACCUCAACGUCCUUUCUACGACCCGCUAUGUACUCGGGGUAGCUUAAGAAACCAUCACGGUCGGCAUCAUCUUCUGUUAGAACGCGAUCGAUUAAUUCUACAAAGUACUUAUCAUACAAAUUUAUUUAUUAAAGACACUAGUUACCAA